GGCAGAGGAUGGAGAGAGAGACGGAGAGAAGAGUGUGUGUGUGACUUCCGGCCGCGGCUCGGCCCUGUGAUGGACAACAGCAACAACAACAACAACAACAACAACAGCAGCAGCAGCAUUAACCCUCUCAGCAGCAGCAGCAGCAGCAGAAGAAGAAGAAGAAGAACUCGGAGGACUUCCCGUUCAAACUUUUCCUCCUCCCUGAACUCUGAGCGCGCUCCCACGGCCUGAGGCUGCAGUGCGCAUGCUCACUGUGUUUGGCUGCAGCGGCGUUAAAUGGACCGAUUGUCUUACCGGGACCGGCGGUGACGUCACCGCGGGAGUGGGGCGCGCGGCCGCUGAGCCAAAUCACAACCAGGAGUGUCGAGAGCGCGCCUCAGCGGAACACAUGAACUGAGGCCGUAGUGUGUGUGUGUGUGUGUGUGUGUGUGUGUGAGUGAGGAUGAGUGGGGGUAAGAAGAGGAGUGGUUUCCAGAUCACCAGUGUUACCUCCGAGUUGAACCAAUCAGCUCCCGGCGCGGUCCCGACCGUCGUCCAAUCAGGCGCCUCGCCCCGCAGCGCCCAGGGAAGCUCCUCCCAGCCAACCACGCCCUCCCUGAAGAGGAGAUAUGUGUCCCAUGAGGCCGCAGGGCUGGGCUGCUCCUCCAGGUUCCGGGUGGUGCGUCUGGCGGUGGGCGGGGCCGGCGGCCGCGGUGAGCCGUACUGCCGUGGCCGCUGGACCUGCACUGACUUUCUGGAGCGACAGGAAGGGGCGGGGCUCAGGCGGGUGAUGGACACCAUGAGACACGCCCACUCGCUGGAGUCCCUGGAGAUGAUUGGUCGGGACAUGGACAGGGGUGGAGUCCACUCGCAGGACACCGCCCACCUGCUGGCUCAGCCAAUCAGAGGCCGGGAGUUGGGGCUGGUGGCGCGCAGCGGCCUGUCCUCCCCCAGCCCCCAACAACCAAUCAGCAUCCGGCUCCCAGACCAGCAGGAGCCAAUGGGAGCCCUGGGUUCUGACUCCGCCCCUCCGCCCCCCUCGCCCCGCCCACGGACCAUCCCUCCUCCUCUCCGAUUGGAUGUCGACGCUGCAGGACGGUCUGUCCUCAGGCUGUCUCACUCUCAGUCGGGCUCCCCCCCAGGCAGACCGUACCACCCCAGUCUGACACCGGUCCAGACCCCAGCAGCCUUCAGUCUGGACCAGACCAUGUUCGAGCUGCCGGGGGACGCCAGUAGUUCCAGUAACAGUCUGAUCGCCAUCGACAACAAGAUAGAGCAGGCCAUGGACCUGGUGAAGAGCCACCUGAUGCUGGCGGUGAGGGAGGAGGUGGAGCUGCUGAGGGAUCAGAUCAGAGAGCUGCAGGAGAAGAACGAGCAGCUGCAGAGAGAGAACCACAUCCUCAGAGCCCUCACACACACUGUACACACAUUACACAACACAUAACACACCCUCUACACACAGUACAUAACACAUAACACACAGUCUACACAACACAUAACACACACUCUACACACAGUACAUAACACAUAACACACAGUCUACACAACACAUAACACACACUCUACACACAGUACAUAACACAUAACACACACUCUACACAACACAUAACACACACUCUACACACAGUACAUAACACAUAACACCGGGAUUCCACUGGAUGCAAUACGACUCCGAAACGGGUCCGUCCGCAACGGGUCCGUCCGCAACGGUUUCAACACACACCGGAUCCGUCUGUGUCGAGCUGUUGCGGUCAGCGGAGUCCCGAGGACGAGACCUCGCAAAUUCAUGCGUAAUCAAGUGAUAUAACCGGGAGAGAAUCAACAUGUCCUCAUCAAUGACUGGAGACAAAUCCAGCGACUCGGUCUUAACGAGCACUAACGAUCGGCCGGCUUGUUAACAAGAGCCUCUUGUUAACAAGCCAGCCGACCUCAUUAGCGGCAGUUAGCUACAGUUAGCUCUGUUGCAGUACAGUGUGUAUGUGCUGCUGCUGCAGGAGGUGUUCACUUAUAGAUAUCUGUUUGUUUACAACAAGCACCGGACACUCUGUGCACAGUGCACAGUGUCUGCCACCGUGAACGCGAGGUAUUUUAUUUUGAAAAUAUACCGGAUGUUUUAUUUUGUGUCUGUGCACGACUUCCUGCCCCGAACGAUCUGCUCUGUGCUAAAUUGAUGUGCCGUGCUCCGUCAUCCAACAAAAAUAGAAGCUCUGCGCAAGUGUUGCGAGGGCUGACGGAUGGCCAUGCGACAUCGGACUCACUACACAGUGGAUCUGGAGUCGGUGGAAUCUCACACAUUGAUUAUGAGCGCGUAACGGCUCCGACGACGGAUCUCCAGCCGUUACGCAUUCAGUGGAAUUUAGGGGUAUCACACACUCUACACAACACAUAACACACACUCUACACAACACAUAACACACACUGUACACAUAGUACAUAACACAUAACACACACUAUACAACACAUAACACACACUCUACACAACACAUAACACACUCUACACUCUACGCAACACGUAACACACACUCUACGCAACACGUAACACACACUCUACACAACACAACACACACUCUACACACUACACAACACAUAACACACACUCUACGCAACACGUAACACACACUCUACACAACACAACACACACUCUACACAACACAUAACACACACUCUCCACGACACAUAACACAUAACACACACUCUACACGCAGUACACAACACACACUCUACACAACAUACAACACAUAACAGACACUUUACAAACUCUACAACACACAUAACACACACUGUACACAGUACACAACACAUAACACACUGUACACACUCUACACAACACAUAACACACAUUGUACACACAGUACACAACACAAAACACACACAGUACACAACACAUAAAAACAAAUACCAAGAAGCUGCGACACUAAGUCGAUGCAUUAAUUGUUUUAUAUCAGAUAUAAAUCUGUAUUUAUGAGGAGACCUCAGUUUAUUAAUGAUGAAUAUAAUAAUAAUUAUUAAUAAUUAACAUGUUUCAGUUGGUUUGUGUGACUUAUUGUGAGUCUCUGCUGAACCAGACUCCAUCCAGAAAACCAUGGUUUUAACAGCAUCAGUUCAGCACCAUGUUGUGGUUAUUUCAGCUCCUUUAGAUCUGUUUAUUCACAUUAAAUCAGAUAAAUCUCUUUAUUGUGACAUGUUGGUGAACCAGUCAUCACACUUUCUAUAAAUAAUUUUCUUUCUUCAGAAAAACAGUUUAAUUUUGUCUGAAACAUAUCCAGAAAAUAAUUCUGUUAUCUCAGGAAACAAACUUUAUUUUGUGAUAAUAAAAUAAUGUGACAGCUUUUAACAUAUUUUAUUGUUUGAUAAUAAACUUAUCACAAUAUAAAUGAUGUAGCGGUUUCACUAGUUUAACUGCUGAUCACGGUCAAGCUAACGAACAAAUGAAUGUUACAAAUAAAAUAUAUUUCAUUAAAAACAA